AUGGCUUCAAAGCUCACAGGGUCCGUGAAAGACCCAAUGUCAAUGGCAUCUGAUUUGAUCCAUGAGUUUGUUUGCUCGCCGUGUGAAGAGGACAAGCUUAAUACUGAGGCCAAGUAUUUCUGUGGGGAAUGCUCGAAGUACUACUGUGACCAAUGCCUGACAUUUCACUCCAAAAUCCUUAAACAGCAUGCUGUUGUGGGCUGUGAUGAUGUGGACAAGUGGGUGGGGCAGGGCAACACUCUCAUUUCAUGUGACCUUCACCCUCGUAAGGUCAUUGAACUUCUGUGUGAGGACCACGAUGAGAUGUGCUGCCACCUCUGUGUGAGCUUGAAUCACAGGAUGUGCAGAAGCAUCAGCUUGAUCUCAGACCUGGCCAAGGGCAUACACAAGAUGGCAGACUUCAAGCAGCUUCCAUCUAAGGUUGCUAAUGUAACAACAAGUCUGAACCAGGUAAGAGAGGUCAGAAAGAAGAACCAAGGCUCCUUGAAGACCUCUGGCAAGUCCAUGCUGACAAAGAUCAAGGACCUGAGGAAGAAACUGAACCAGCUGCUGGAUGCACUGGAGAAGAAGACAGUGGAACAGAUGGACAUCGUCCUGGCUAACCUGAAUGACACACUAGAGAAGGACAUUGACUCCUGUACAAGCAUACAUGACCAGCUGAAGGCCUUGAUGGACACCAUCCAAGCCCAGUGCAAGGACGAUGAACCAAGCUCCUACAUUAGCUUCAGGAAGUGUGAAAAGAAGAUGGCAGAGGCCAAGAGCCUGCUCCAGGAGUUGUCCACCAAACCUGAACUGACUGCAACAUUCAAGUCUGAAACCACAAUUACACAACUGCUGUCUGAUUUUAACAUACUAGGCAUCGUCCAAGAAAUACAGAUUGGACAUCAGCUGUCCGAAAAUAAGUCCUCUAAACAUACUCAUAUCUCCAGGAUUUUCAAGACUGAGAAGAAAUCAACAUUCAAUGUGAAAAUCAAGCCGGAAACAAAUGUCUGUUCUAUUAUUGGUAUAACGGAACUUCCAACAGGAGAGAUCAUUCUUGCAGAUAAACGCCAUGACAAGGUGAAGGUAUUAAACAGGGAGUAUAAGGUAAUAGCCCAGUGUGAAGUUCCUAUAGAGCUCAAGGACAUAUGUCAUAUCACAGGAAAUCAGGUGGCUGUAGCAGUAAACUGGCCUGAAGCUGUCAGGCAUGAGGUCCACUUUCUCACUGUGUCAGCUGGCACCAUUACGAUGACAAGAAAGUUCUCAGUUGACCAUGACUGCACUUCCGUCAGGCACCAUGGGGAUAAGCUGUAUGUGGGCUCCAUAACAGCCCUGUACAUCUACACUAAAGCCGGCAAGCAAGUCAAGAAGAUACUUGAAAACAGAUCAGGCGGCCAGACAGUGAUUCACUUUGCUUUGAACCAAGAUGGCAAUAAAAUCUACAUCUGUAACCAUUACGAUCCAGAACUAUUUACAAUUGAUAUGAAUGGCAGCGUUCUAGCUACACUGAAGGAUCCAGACAUUCGUUUUGCCUAUGGUGUACAUGUGAGUGAGGAUGGCCAUGUAUUUGUGUGUUCAUGGCACAACAACAUGGUGGUACAGGUUGAUCAGGAAGGCAAGAAGAAGCUGGCCACACUGGUCAGAAAAGAAGAUGGUAUCAACUGUCCAAAGGCAGCUUGGUACAGCCCAUACACUGGCAGGCUCAUUGUUGGGGGAAAGCAAGAUAAUAUUCUGGUGGUGGAACUUCAGUAG